UUGUCUAUUUGUCUUGAAGUUCCAUCAGUAUGUGGCACUGAAAGAGAUGAUUGUGAUAAAAAUCUAGCGACAUGCACAGACACCGAAUCUGGAUUGUACCAAUGUGCAUGCAAUGAUGGAUACGUUGGAAAUGGAAAGAAAUGUAUUGGUAAGUUCCAGCCACCUUGUCAAAAUUGAUGUGAUAUCAUAUACGUACAGUAUGGUUGCAACGAAGUUUACCAAUUUUUUAGGCUUGCUGGUUUGCGGCUAGCCAAUAAUUUAUGCUCGACAAGAAAUGUUAGUUUGUUAAUUUGUAAUUGUCGUCAAUCUUCGGAAAUUAACGGCAGGUCGAAGAUUUGACGACUCUUUCUUCUUCGUCUUGUCGGAAACUUUUGUUCAUGCCUUGAGGCGGUCACACAAAACAAGAUACAAGAUGAAUGUUAAUUUGCUGGGGCUAUACCCUGGUUCCAAGGAUUUAUUUUCAUUGUAUAUAAAAUUAGAAAUGGCGAAGUGAAAAUUAACCUCUGAUUGAAAAUAAAUUAAAUAAACCAUUGAUCGCACCGCGCCAAUCGGUUUAAUUAAACUAGCGUCAGAUUCUGACUCUGUCUUACACAAAAAAGCUAUGUGAUUGAUUAAGAUCAAAACUUGUCACAUGUGAAGUGUGUUCUGAUUGGUUGGCUGUUUAAUCGGGUGUCGUUGCACGAUAGCGAGGUUAUUGCCGCUUGAACCAGAGGUUUGUUUCAUUUCUAAUAUUAUAUACAAUGAAACUGGAACCAGGGUACUGGGGCUAUUAAAAUGAGCUUUUUCAAAGGUUAAAUUGUGGCUAUUCUAAGCCCUAAAUUUUGUGGGCAGCAAUGUUCGUUAAAAGUUUGUUGUACAGAUACCCGAUUACCUGUAUCUAAUAUAGUUGAACAAAUUUCGACAAUGAUUCGAACAAUUUAAUUCGUUGCAUGACACUAAAGACUAAAAUGCAUUGUGUAUAAACCAAAAUUACAGCUUGCCAGUUAUUUAAGACACUUUUCUUUUUAAUGUUUCAGUCAUAUAGUUGGAAACCUUUGUAACGUUUCUGAGAGGAAUUUCCACUAAAAUUUGAGCUAAAUUGCUUGAAAACAGUUCUCAAUUUCAAUUCAUAUGAAUAUGCCUUCACACUGUUUAGGCAAUGAGGCGGCUUCCCCCAUGCGUGGCUCCGGCGACCCUGCGUGAGAUGAACCAGUCCCUAACCAUCUCCUCGAGAUGAUUAGUCUUCACUUCAGCAUAUAUUUAGUUAUAUGCUUGAUUUGUAAAUCCUAAGGAGUUGCAUAUGUUAACCUAUAAUGAAAGUUCGUUGAUCGGUGGCUGUUUUAGAGAAAUUUUUAAAUUGUUGCAGAGCGACCAACUAAUGAUUUAUAUAUAUCAUGAUUUUCCAUUUAGCUCCAUAUGUUUGUGGUACUUUGAGAGAUGACUGUCACCCAUACCGUGCAUCAUGUACAGACACAGGAAACGGAAACUACAAUUGCAAAUGUGUUAGUAAUUAUGUUGGAGAUGGAAAGACUUGCGAAGGUAUGUGCAGUUAAUGUAUUAUCUACCUUUGCACAACAGGAGGGAAGGAACCUGGGCUGAAGGUUGGUUCUGUAUAGUAAAUUUGUGCUCCACCGUACCAUUGGUAAUAUUACUUUUAUUGAACUCACGCGCUAUAUGGAGACAGAGUUUUGCACAAUCAAAAACAUCCGUCUCGUCGCGUCGGUGGGUAACUGGUCGUUUUGUCCCCUUGCCGUUUCGUCCCAGGUCGUUUCGUCCUCGGUCGUUUCGUCCCCUUGCCGUUUCGUCCCCUUCACGUUUCGUCCCCACACUAGAUACCGUUUUUGGCUUUUAUUUCACAAUAUUAAUAUUGCUGUUGUCAGUGACUAUAGUGAUACUUGACUUGGCUUAUGUUACUCUGAGUGUGUAUCCACGCCGGGCAGGCUUGAAAAAUAUGCCUGGGCACGGUGGGAAUCGAACCUACGACCUUUGGAAUACUAGCCCAAUGCUUGGUCCAAAGGUCGUAGGUUCGAUUCCCACCGUGGCCAGGCAUAUUUUUGCAAGCCUGUCUGGCGUGGAUACACGCUCAGAGUAACAUCACAAACAUCAUAUUCACCUGAGUACACAACACCAGCACAGCAGAUACUAGAAUUAUAUAAGCAUGUGUUCAUUCCGGCUAUGAGCAUGUGAACGGUGUGUUACACGGAACACAAUUAUCCGCGUUAGACAUCGCAACCAAAUCCUGGAAGAGCACAGUAGUGUAGGUGAAUGUCUGACAAAAACUGUCAUCCAUUUUAUAGGCUCAGACACCCACGUAAAAUGAGUCAUCCUUAAAACUGCUAGUCUUGUUAAUUCAGUCUUUGUAAUUAUUAGUAUCUAAUAAGACGCGGAGAGAUUAAGCAUGCGGAAGUAUACAAUCAUUGUGUUUCAAGGCUUUGUUUGUAUUCAGCUAUUCAAGUUUCAAAAACAAAAGCUGCCAGUGACAAAUUCAUCAAGCCGCAAAAAAAAUUGCAACGUGUCAUGUUUUGGCUGUGAGGUAUUUAUUUUUAUUAUUUCAAUAUACAUGUGUAUUCAUUUAAAAAAAUAACAGUGAUAAAAUGGUAUCUAGUGUGGGGACGAAACGUAAAGGGGACGAAACGGAGAGUGGACGAAACGGAGAGGGGACGAAACGACCAUAAAACGCUCGUUGCCUACUGACUCUUACAGUUCGGUUUCGCUCCAAGUUGGCUCUUAGAAGAGCCAGGUCGGCUAGUCCACUCUUAACCUGUCGAGGGUUAAAAGACUGUGAAAGGACGAACAGAGAAAGCUUCAGGUUAGAAGGCAGGUCAGCAAAGUAACGUGGACUCGAUCCAAGCCGUUCAAUAGGCUCACCUAUAAUAUUUAACAAGUUUCUUAAAAUCCCCCACCCCAGCUAUAUUUUUGUAAUAUUACUAACGUUUGCUUUUAAUAAACGUUUUAGGUUUUUAUACUGGAUUUAAUAACUGUCAUAUCAUGUCAAUCCAUUGAUAUUUAAUUGAUAUUUAGGUUUAAUUUCGGUAUUUCAGUCUUGUUCGAAGUUCGCAAAAAUUAGUAAAAAUGAGGCAGAAGCCCUGGCAGAGCCUUUUUGUUUUCAAAUAGCAAAUUCAGGGAAUAUUUUUAUUCCCUACCCGGGCUUCUCCAUGUUCAUUUAUACUUACAUUAAACAAAAUCUUCAUGAUUCGAUCAAAACACAAAUUAUCUGAAUCUGAAUUUAUUAUGUUGGUAAACUCAUGUCGAGAUCACACCAACCUAGAUAGGUGGUAAGUGAUUUAAGCACAGGAGCCCCCAGGUUCUGCUUGGCCCGCGCCAAUUCAGAGUUGAAUUGUUUAACGAUUGUUUAACAUUAUUCAGAGUUGAAUUGUUUAACGAUUUCCGGUUUUGUACAGAUGAAGUAAGACGCGGAUACAUUUUGGCUAAGGCCAAGUAAAAAAAUUCCCGGUUUCUCGUCAGACGUUUUUUAAAAUGCAAAUGCGGCGAGCGUUUUUUUUUAAUUUUUUGUAUAUUAAACAACCAGUUUUUUUUUUUACAACAGAACUUAAAUUGUUUAAUAAAAAGCACUAUUCUAUCGUGCAUGUUUAUUUAAAAUACAGUAUGUAUAAGAAAAACAUCAGCGCCCUAAUGCGGGCGCUGAUGAGAAACCGGGAAUAUUUUUACUUGGCCUAAAUACUAUCGUUUCUAAAAAACACGAGGUUGGCGGCACCCGUUCCGCACGUUAUCAACAAUAUAGUAUUGUAAUUAUCAACCGUUAUCAGCAAUAAGUUAUUGGGUUGUCACUGAAAAGAAAACCACAAGCAUUGGACAAAAGGCGGCGGCGGGGUGGUGGUUGGGCAAACUUCACCUGCUUUAGGGUUAGGGUUAGGGGGUGGGGGUUAGGGGUUAGGGUGGGGGUUAGGGUUACAACCCAAUAACUUAUUGUUGAUAAUAACGGUUGAUAAUUACAAUACUAUAUUGUUGAUAACGCAAGGAACAGCUGUUGCAUGGCAGCCAUUUGCAUAAAAUAUUACACUGCUGACCACCCACUGCUAAAUACUUCAUGUAAUUGUUAUUUAUAAAAAAAUACAAAUGCGGCGGCUAUUUCCUAAUGCGGGCGCUGAUGAGAAACCGGGAAUAUUUUUUACUUGGCCUAAAUACUAUCGUUUGUUCGCUGUAUUCUAUUGCGAAUUUAAAGUCUUUGGUGAUUUUUUGUUUUUUAUAGAGUUAUACAUGUCCAUUCUUGAUGGCUAUACUAAUUUUACUCGAAAGAGAUACAUUAAACGCCAAAAAUCGACAAAGGGUUUACAGCUAUGUAUACGAGUUUAGGCGAGUUUACGCACCAUUCUUCCCUUCCUUCCCUAUUUUAAGGAGGGUUAGGAUUUGCGCGGGCCCAGCAGAGCCUGGGAAUUCCUGUGAUUCAAGUACUUCUGGAACAGAUAUGGUUGGUAAUUUUGAUCUGUCAAAUAUUAACCCACUAAGUUGCAUUGCGUUCUACUUUACCAUUUUACUCUGUCUAACGCCAUACUAUUUUACUCUGUCUAACGACAGACAGCGCUCAAUGGGUUAAUGGAUGGACACGAUACAUGAUUCGAUCCAGUAUAAAUAACUCAGUCUUAUAUUAAGCUAUUGCUAACUGCCUUGAUUUUUUAAUAACAGUUGCUGACUCAGAACAUUUAAUCAGAGCCCUUACAAUACUUAUGACCUAAAUAUAUAACGAGUACUGCAUCUUGUCGCGUCUCCAUAACAGGCUCGAAUUGCCUGUAUAUUACUACUUCGUUUCAUUUUCGUAAGAAUUAGUAUUGUUAGCAAGUUAUAAAUUACACUUCUGGUUUUUGAUCACAAGCAACAAAGAUCUGUGGAACUGAUAGAGAUGACUGUGAUGAACACGCAACUUGUACAGACACUGGUUUAGGAAGUUACAAAUGCCGUUGCAAUAAGGGUUAUGUUGGAGAUGGGAAGACGUGUGAAGGUGUGUAUAAGACAAUGUUCUCUGAAAAUAUCAUGCCGUAUUAUUUCCCUGAGAGAUAUUUCAAUAAGCCUAAUCGGCUAACACGCGUUUAUUCACGUUUCCACUCAAUUUACUCACAUACAUAAUUCGUAUAGAUCGUUGCCGGAAUAGCAGGAAUAAAUUAAACCUACCAGGUGUGCAGACUGUGUACCAAUUAAUACUAAUCAGAAUAAGUGUUUUCAUGAAACAGAAGAUCCAAACGCAAACUUACGUAAAAAUAUUUUCUGCCUAACAUAUGGCAACAGGCCAGGGUAACGAAAGUCAAGUCUCCUUUUUGCAAUUUUAAGUCCAUAUUGAAAACUUCUUGCAUUGCAAAAUAUCAACAAAAAUACCAUUUAUUUACCAACUCGUUGACGAAAGUCCAUUAAUCAUGAGGAUUUUAAUAUAUUUGGACCAUAAGAGAUCCUAUAGAGGAUAUAUCUUAUCAAUUCAUCAGUCAUAGCAUUUAAUAGCUCUCUCCACCAGCUCGAAACAAACCAGAUAUGAAUGUUCAAUGUUGUAUUCAAAGGGGUGGCGAUAGAUGUAUGUUCCGCAACUUCAAUUAUCUGAGCUGAGAUUCUGUUUUUAGCCGAAACAAUAUGUGGAACUCCCAAAGAUGAUUGUCACGAGUUUGCAACAUGUAAAGACACUGGUCCUGGGGAAUAUGAAUGCACUUGCAAACCAUGGUAUACUGGUGAUGGAAAAUCAUGUACAGGUAUAAAUGCAUGUUUCAAAGAAAACAAAAUCAUUGCCAUCAUUGCUCAUUUUAGGUAUUUAAACAGCUUAAAACACAUGAUCUUGCCAUUUCAUGUAUUAGCAUGUGUCAGCAGAUAUUUCCAGGUGGAAAACCAUGUAAGGGACCAGAAUUCUUAUUUUGAAAACCAAAAUUUCUAUUUUAGCGAUAAAAAUAUGUGGAACGCCUGAAGAAAACUGCAGUGAAUUUGCUACAUGUGCUGACACGCGACCAGGGACCUAUACCUGUACUUGUAAUGAAGGAUAUACUGGAGAUGGAGAAAUUUGUACAGGUCAGGAAAUGCAUACAUCUUUAGAGAGAAUUCCCUUUCUGAUGUUUAAUUCAUCGUUCGUAUUUACACUAACAGUAUUACCAUCAUAAUUACUCACCUACACCCACUUAUUUCCACAAACGUUAUCUUCAAUUUCAUACUGGCAACGAUUUAUUUCAUUCCAUCUUCCCUCAGAACAUAAAGUUUGUGGAACUCCAGAAGAAGACUGCAGUGAAUUUGCGACAUGUUCUGACACAGGACCUGGAACGUUUACCUGUACCUGUAACGAAGGAUAUACUGGAGAUGGAAAAACCUGUAAUGGUAAGAAAAUUUACAUUUGAACCCCAUUAAAAUAUUUGCCACGUUUCUCCAUUGUUGAAAUUCAAUUCUUUCCCCAAACUACCCAGUAUUCAAAUUUAGUCUUUUCGUUUCUACAGAAAUCAAAAUAUGUGGAACUCCAGAAGAAGACUGCAGUGAAUUUGCUACAUGUGCUGAUACAAGACCUGGAAGCUAUACAUGUACAUGUAAUGAAGGAUAUACUGGAGAUGGAAAAACUUGUAAAGGUCAGGAACCCUUUUUGAUAUUUGAUUCAUUGCACCAACAGUAUUACCACCAUACUUGCGAAUUCGUCACUCACUCAUAUAUUUCCACAAACGUCAUCUUUAAUUAAAUUCUACGAUGGCCGAGAAGGGCCAUGACUGUAAACACUCGCCGUUUUUUUUUACCAUUACACUCGUCGUUUUUUCCCCUUCAAAAUUACACGCGACGUUUUUUCAAUGCAAUAAUUACGCUCGACAUUUUUUCAAUGCAAUAAUUACACGCGACGUUUUUUCCAAAAAUUACACUCGCCGUUAUUUUAGAGUUACGUUUUAAACUGAGGGUUUCACUUCGGAUGAAGAUGGGAGCAAUCAUAAGGUUAGUGUGUUUCACUAGUCAAAACAAAAAAUCAUGUAAAUACAGUAGUCAGUACAAAGUUUCACUUUUCAGUCGGUUAAUUAUGAAUAUAAUGCAUUGUUUUCUUUUGUGUUUUCCACACUAUAUAAACAAAAGCUUUGUGUGAGUUUGCCAGGGUCGUAUAUUUAUUUUCCUUCUUGCACUUCUUCAUAUAUAAACUGUGUCUUGCCAUAUCGUAUAUACGCCUGCAGUGAUACAACAAAAUCAACAAGAAAUGGCGGUUGUACAUGCAUGUCCUACGGCAAUAUGUGAAGAGGUUAUUUCGCUGGCCUCAGAGUGACAAAACGUAACACAGUAACGGUUUUACUAACACUAACCCUAUUCCAAGCACCACCCAGGAUCAUACGCAUGCAGCGGGGGGCAGGGGCAACUGCCCCCCAGAGAAAAUUAUAUUUACGAUUUUUAGAAUGUCAUAUUAAUUAUUCUUUGGAUAUUUGGGACUUUUUCGGCGUAUAGGUCUACUGCCCCCUGGUGAAAAAAUCCUGAAAACCAACUCUAAACCUAAUCCUGUCCCUAACCUAACUGAAAAAAGUGUCAUUCUGAAGUCAGCGAAUCGAAAUAACUUCUUCCAUGUGGCACUGGGAUAUAUAGCAACGCUAAAAUACAGAAAGAUUUUGUUUAGUUGGGAAGAAAACAGUGCAUUAAUCAUUAUAUUCAUAACCGACUGAAAGUGAAAUUUUGUACUGCAUUUACAUGAUUUUUUGUUUUGAUGAAACACACUAACCUUACGAUUGCUCCCACCUUCAUCCGAAGUGAAACCCUCAGUAUAAAACAUAACUCCAAAAAAACGGCGAGUGUAAUUCUUGGAAAAAACAUCGCGUGUAAUUAUUGCAUUGAAAAAACGUCGCGUGUAAUUAUUGCAUUGAAAAAAACGUCGCGUGUAAUUAUUGCAUCAGUGCUUCCAUUUUUAAAAUCAAAAUUUCUCAUUUUUGUCAUAAAAAUUUCUCUAAAUUCCUUAGAUUGUAUAUGUUAUUUCCUUGAAAAUUCCUUGAAAUUUUAUGAAGCAGUUUGCAGUGAUUUUGUAGCAAUAUAAAGGAUUUAAUUAAUUUUCAAGGCACAAAAUAGCACAAUUAACAAAGAUGUGGGCUAGCUAAAAAAACCACAGGCUAUUAUACUGUUAAAAAUUAAAUAUUUGUUAUGAAUUUACAAGAGAUACCUUUACAUUGAUAUGAUUAAUUAACUAGUCACAACGUUUGGCGCAGUUUGGCGCCAAAAGUUACUGAAUCCCAUCUCCCAUCGCUCAAAAACUUUCGGAAAUUUUUGGGAACACGAGGAAAAAGUUAAAAACAGACUUUUAAUUCAAGAUAAUUGAUAAUUCACUCAAAAAUUCAAAAAAUAGUGAAACCUUCUUCUGCACUAAUGCGCUAGUAUGAAUAUUUAAGUUUUUCGGAAAAAAUCCUUAGAUUUCCUUAGAUUUUUUCUCUUCCUUAGAUUUUCCUUUUCGACAGUAGAAUUUCCUUAAAAAAGGAAAUUUCCUUGAAAAUGGAAGCACUGUAUUGCAUUAAAAAAACGUCGCGUGUAAUUAUUGCAUUGAAAAAACGUCGCGUGUAAUUUUCAAGAAAAAAACGGCGAGUGUAAUUUUGAAGGAAAAAAACGACGAGUGUAAUGGUAAAAAAAACGGCGAGUGUUUACAGUCAUGGCCCUUCUCGGCCAUGGUACAAUUCAGCCAAUGGUUUAUUAUAUUUCGUUUUUCAUUAGAAAAUAAAGGCAGGAAAUGAAUAUUUAAUAAUUAGUUAGACUAAUUGUAGCGGCCUGUUUCUACUAUGAAAUCCACUCCAGUAUUGAUACCUAACCCCGCCAUUUUCGGUCACAUUCGUAUUCUUCUAAACGGCAUUUUUAGCUCCUGUUAUUUAUUAUUCCACAAAUGCUAUAUUUUACUUGGAACUUCAAUAUUUUAAUAGAACUUAAAAUAUGUGGAUCCCCUGAUGAAGACUGCAGUGAGUUUGCAACAUGCGCUGACACAGGACCAGGAACUUUUACCUGUACCUGUAACGAAGGAUAUACAGGAGAUGGAAAAACUUGUGAAGGUGAGACAAUUCACUUUUUCAACCCCCCAAAACCCAUUUGCCACAUUUUCCCAUUGUUUAAUUUAACUUAUUUUCUGGGCAACUACGCAGUAUUAAUUGUUCCUCUUCUCUUUUAUAGAAAUCAAAAUAUGUGGAACUCCACAAGAAGAUUGCAGUGAAUUUGCAACAUGUACUGACACAGGACCAGCAACUUUUACUUGUACCUGUAACGCAGGAUAUACUGGAGAUGGGAAAACUUGUGAAGGUGAGACAAUUUACUUUUUCAAACCCCCCAAAACCCAUUUGCCACAUUUUCUCAUUGUUUAAUUUAACUUAUUUUCUGCGUCAACUACGCAGUAUUAAUUGUUCCUCUUCUCUUUUAUAGAAAUCAAGAUAUGUGGAACUCCACAAGAAGACUGCAGUGAAUUUGCAACAUGUGCUGACACAGGACCAGGGACCUAUGACUGCACCUGUAACAAAGGAUAUACUGGAAAUGGGAAAAUAUGCAAAGGUCUAUACAAUUAUCUUAACAGAAUGUUCUGCUAG